AACAAAACAAGAGGUGACAAAACGAACAAUUCCAAUUUCUUCUUAUCUGCUUCCCUUGGAGAGAGAUGGAACUAUCUGGGGAAUCAAAUUCGCCGCCAACAACAACGAAGCUGAAACCAAUAGAAGCGACGUCGGAGAGCUUCCAAGAAUUCGGCCAAGUCAUAGAGCCAUCCCCAGAUGGCUUAGAGUUCGGUCCUCAAGAUGCUCAGUUGAACCUUAGCCAAGGAAUUCCCAGGUUCUAUAUUAUGGAACUCCAAGGCCGUCCGCUUAAGUUCUCGACGAUUACCCAUCACGCCAGCGUCACCCAGUGCCUUGGAUCCAUCGGAGGUCACGUUUGGUAUCUGGGUGUAGCCAAGCCAUCGAUCUUGGAUUCAAAGGAAACAGAAAGGGACGUUGUUCAGUCACAUUGUGGGCAUUUCUAUGUGCCUCCUGCUGUGGAUGAAGUGCGAGUUUUUAGAAUCUCUGGGCCUAAAUUCAUUAAACUUCAUCUUGGAACUUGGCACGCAGGGCCUCUGUUUGAGGGAGAUUCCAUGGAUUUCUACAAUUUGGAAUUAAGCAACACCAAUGUGGUGGACCACACAACACAUAGCUUCAAGAAGCAAAAUGGAGUGAUAUUUUCAGUAGAGGAGUAAUUGUACAAGUUUUCUCAAGUUCUUUGUUCAAAUAUGGUGUAUUUCUUAUAUGGAUUAUGUAUUAAACUAAAGAAAUAUAUGUUCCUAAUGUCUCGUU